AUGUCUUCGACGUCCAGCACAACGGCCGUCGACCCGGAGCGUGCCAAGGAAAGCAAUACGGCCAUGAUCCUGGCCGUGACGGGGGCUUUCCACGCGCUCGCUCUCGUCUUCGUCGUCCUCCGAACGUAUACCCGCGCCGCUAUUGUGAAGACGAUAGGUAUCGAUGAUUACAUGAUGAUCAUGUCUGCGCUCUGUGCGCUGGGUGGAGGUAUGGUGAUCUUCAUUAUUCAAGCGUUUUACGGACUCGGCAGACACAAAGACACAAUCAGCAAGCCAGAUCAAGUCUUCUUUUCCAAGGUUGGCUUCUUUCAAUCAAUCAUAUCCGCCAUCGCUGCCCUGGCGUUUCUGAAGAUCUCAAUCGCACUAUCGCUGCUACGUCUAAGCAAGAAUAAGUGGUACUCGAGAUCACUAUGGGCUUUGAUUGUGUUCGUCGUGCUUUAUACAAUCAUGGCAUGGCUUAGCUUCUUCUUGUAUUGCAGCCCGAUGGAGGGAUAUUGGGACAAGAGCCUCAAGCCAAAGUGUUACAACAUCAAGUUGUUCGUCAAUUUCGCGCUGGUCAAUACUGCGUUCAACAUCUUUACCGAUGUCUGUUUCGCAUCUCUGCCUAUUCCCAUCAUUUGGAUCUUGCAGAUGAAGUUGCGCACACGGGUGUAUCUAAUUGUCGUACUUAGUCUAGGAUACUUAGCUGUUAUCAUGGGUAUCAUCAAGGCCAUCUAUCAGAUUGCGCAACCGAGCAGCAAAGACGGAACCUUUCUCCAAAGUAUCCAAUUCUGGGGCUUCCUGCAACUCAACCUCGGCAUCAUCGCCGCCUGCGCACCAGCAUUAAAACCCCUCGUCGGCCGCGCCCUCAAGAUCUCAUCGAGCCGUCACUACAACAGCGACAACCUCUACGAAAACCGAUACCCGACUGGAAGAUCCGGUAGAACGGGGAACAUCACCACGGGCACCGCUCGAAGGCAGGGCUACAGGGAACAGGGAAGCCAGGGGGCACCAGACUAUGAACUCGAGGACGGGCCGUUUUCACCAAGCCCAGAGUUCUACCGUACGACCAUCGAAGGUGGAAAUAAUACCCCGGCGGCAGUGGCUGUGUACCAGAAGAAGAACAGCUUUGGCGACAGGUCGGGGAGUGAAGAGUUGAUCCUGGAGACUGGGCAUGGUUUUGGAGAUAAUAAGGGUAUCAUGAGGACGACGGAAGUGCAUAUCCAACGUUGA